GGGCCAAAAGUACAUGGGGAGAAAUAUGGGAGAGCAGAGCUGCUGGGUAGGCUUUCUUCAUUAUGUCAAGGAAAUGUGGUACAGGUUCAAAAAUGCACAAACUGCAGCAGUACCUGCUAAUGAAAAAAGAGUCAUUGCCAUCAACCGUUACAUCACCAGCCUCUACUGCAACUCCUUACUCCCAAGAUUCACCAGCAUCAGCAGCUGUAGGAGCACCAUCUGUGUCUACUGGCAGAGGUUUUUCUCCAUCAGUUUGGCAGGACUAUUCACUGAAUUAUUCUGCCUAACAAUAUACCUUGGUUAUUAUUUUGGCCUUGUUCUGGCUUUGUUCUGGCUAUGUUCUGGCCAUGUUCCUAAUUGUUAUUUUGCUUGUGUUCUACUAACAAAAUCAAAAGGACAUGUUCAUGACAACAUGUCCAUCAAAACCUCCGUCUCCAUGAGGCACCAACACACCCUGCACGUCAGCCUGGGCCGCCAGCACCAACACGCCCUGCAUCUCAGCCUGUGCCACCAGCAUCAACACGCCCUGCAUCUCAGCCUGUGCCACCAGCAUCAACACGCCCUGCAUCUCAGCCUGUGCCACCAGCAUCAACACGCCCUGCAUCUCAGCCUGUGCCACCAGCAUCAACACGCCCUGCAUCUCAGCCUGUGCCACCAGCAUCAACACGCCCUGCAUCUCAGCCUGUGCCGCCAGCAUCAACACGCCCUGGAUUUCCACCCUCACUUCCACUGCCCAGAUAUGACCAAGAAAUGAUUCACUGGAACUGCUCUCAACAGCAAAAGGUAUGGAUGAAGAUGGAGCUGGAAGCCAUGGGACUGUGGCCGGGAAGUCCACCUGUGAGGCACCUUACUAACUCUGUCUCUUUGUGGCGUCUACCACCUCAGCCUGAGCUCAUUGAGACUGCCUGUGGGCUUCCAUCCCCCAAAUAUUUCCAGCUACAUCCAUUCUUCAUCUGGAAACCAGAGAAUGACAGCAUCAUGGGAAGGCUGAGAAACAAUUAUGUUCUCCCAUGUCUUCACAGUUGUUCUCGACCACAGAUAACUUCAUCAGGUGUAGGAAGGCCUCGAGUGGUUGUUGGCAUUGUCAAUCAAUAUUACUUGUUUGCAUCUCGGCUUUGCUGCAAAGCAUGCAAAAGGAAUUGGUUUGCUGACAAUCCUCUGUGGCUGGCAAAGCUCCCUAAAAGGUAUACCAACAUGUUGCCAGCCCUCCUUACCUACAAGAAAGCGAUCUGUAAAUCUGUGGUAGAUGAAUUAAGACGCACUGGCCAAUCAGCUGAUGGAGAUGAUGCACCUAAAGUAUGAAAGAGCAAACCUGGCCUACCUGCUAAGUGUGCAGAACAUCAAGGAUGCUGAGGCAGGGUUGUAUGGUCAGAGCACCAUCAGCAAAUACCUGAGGAGGGACAGUACACCUGCUGCAUUUGGGGGGUAUGAAGACACAGACGGCUGGUGUGGAAUGUCUGUGUCGUCAUAUUACCUUACAGACUGUCUUCUGCAGGAGUUUCAGAGGCAGGAGCCAUCAAUCACGCAGCUCUUACAGGGCACAUUUGGACAGGUGUUGAGAUCCGACCACACCCGGAAGAUUGCCAGGAAAGUCACUCUUACAUCAGGCACAAUGUCAUCUUAUGCUGUGAUGAACGAGAACUGGAUGAUCAUCUCUUGGGUGAUGGUGCAGUCCGAGAGUGAAAGGUCUUUGGAGCCCAUGUAUGAAGGUCUGGCCACACGCUACACUGCUGCUGGAAUUGAAAAGGCCAAUUACCAUUGGGUGGACAGGGACUGCUGUGCAGCCUUCAGGGUCCAGAAUUCUCAUCCAGCUGAGCACCUUUUGAGGGAAGCCUGGAGGACUACAGAGGCUACUGUUGCAGAGGUGACAUCCGGGGACUUGACCAACAUCUGUGCUUCGAGGUCAAAGUUUAAUGAGUUCAUCUCUGUAAAGCUGGACUUGUUCCACUGUAUGAGACGAUUCUGCCGGGAGUGUGUCUCAGAGCAUCAUUCCUUAUACAGCUCUUUCUGUCAGUUCCUCUCGGCUGCCUUCACAAUUGUGGAUCAGCAGGAUCUGAAGAGACUGAAGGAGGCCUAUGUCUUCUGUGGGAUCGUGCCAGCAAAUCCAACAAAGCAGCAUAUCCGGGAGCACUGCAGGACAAAGAUCCCUCAGCCACGAGAGCUUGUGAAGAGAGUGGAAGAAGUUCUCCUUCACUUCCACCUGUUAAAAGAUGUAAAUGACAUCCCUCUCUUCAAACCGUCCAUGCUGAAAGCCUGGAGGAUCCAGCGAGUCCACAUGCUGAGGGGCUGUCUCAGUGACCCAGAACGGGAGGAUGGGAUUCUGUACAGAUACGGUGGCACGCUGCAACUCAACCAUGUCCAGGGUGAAGGGGCAUCUGUGCCCGUGUGGAUUCCAAUCAGAGGCACUUCACAGCAAGAGGGCUACCACUUCCACCAGGCUCAGUGGGUGACUGGGAACAAAGUCUCCCCAGAGUUAUUUCAGGCCCAGGGUAUGACUGGUGUGGCACGCUGGAAUUUCCAGAGAUUGGUGGAUCUCAAACAGCCGGGUGUGGUUUUGCCUGCAGUGUUUGACCCACUACUGAUCACAGACUUGAACAUGGCCUCUGUGAAUGUGACGGGGAGCGCCAAAUAUCCAGCACUACAAGUCUCCAACAGGGACACGGGAGAGAGGUUUGGACUCGAGUACGUUGAGCAAGGGUGCCGUGCUGUUCCUCUCGACUGGGAAAAGCACAGAUCUCAGAAGAGGACAGACAUGUCCGUAUUCCUGACCCCUCUCCCUGUUGAGAAAUGUCAACCCUCAGCAACACAGCUGCCGCCGACUGUCAGAUUUCCUGAUUCUGCAGCUCCUGCUACUGAGGCUUUAAAGAGAGAAAGCACUGAGGAGCCCCAGAUGGACAUAGAUCUGCCCUGCACACCUCCACUGCCUAUGACCGCCUCACCAAGAAGUGCACGCACGGGGCCUAUCAAGACUGGUGGCCGGGUCUUUGUGUUGGACCACAAUCGGUGGCCUGGCCCAAUGAGGGUGGCUAUUGAUGGUCUGCUUGCCAGGCAUCAUGGACAGAAGGACAUGCUGAAACUGGUGGACUUUGUCUAUGCUUCCAUGGUGCAAAGUUCAUGUGCAGACCCCAACAGCCUGCUUCACCCAACCACCAAACACCACAUUGGAAGGUAUAUUAAACACCUGGCCAAAUUAAAAAACACCAGUUCCUCCCUUAACACCAGUCCUGAAAAGCUCUUGGAGACCCAACAACUGUGGCAGCACUUAACCAUGGGUAGUGACACAACCUGUGUCCCUGUAACAGCACUCCCACCUGCAGUUGUGAACCCACCCGCACUGCCCACACAAAAUGCUCCUCUUACUGAAGCUGCCAUAGAGAAAAUUGUUUUGGGACUGAUGGAAAAGCAGCAACAGUCAGAGCAACAACAGCAGCAAAAGAAAAAAAUGACAAAAACCUGCCUUUCAUGUGGCCAACCCAAGUCCCGUUACAUGAAUGAUGGCUCCUCAAUUCAUUAUUUUUAUCAGAGUGGGCAUGUUAGGUACUUCUACUGCUCCACAAAAGUAUUUAAAACAUAUGGAGCAGAGGGCCUCACAAACCCCAAAAUGUCUUUUGAGGAUUUCAUGUCAACACCCUUCUUUCAACAAGAACUUGAAUCCAUAAAACAGAAAGUGGAACAACAGAAGGACAAACAAAAGAGGAAGUCAGCAGAUGUGGUACCCUCUGGCCGUUUGUGCAGGUUCUGCCAUUUGGAACUAAAACAGGGCCCUAAUAGUCCUCACAUUCACACAGGGUUCCCCGGAGUGGCAGGGAAAUAUAUUUAUUGUCCUGCCAAGAUGUUCUCCCUCUACCAGGCCAAGGGUAUGGAGAAAGAAAUGACCUGGAAGGAGUUCCAGGCAUCUGCUUUUUAUCAUGAUGAAAAGAAAAGAUGGAUGGAUGAAAAGAGGAAAUGUUGAUUUACACACACACACACGCAUCCACACACACACACACACAAACAAACAAAAUGGCCAUAAUCUUUUAAUAAAACAAUUUUGAAGUUCAAUACAAUUCUCUUGCCUUUAAUUCAUGUUUACAUAUUGAACAUACUGUACAUGAAGUCAGACAGGGUUGCUUAUAAUUACAUUGUGGCACAAGGUACAUGAAAAAUCAACUGACAGAAAAGUUUGGUUUGUGUAACCCUAAAUCUAAGUUAAGAUUGGCAAGGAGGUCAAAGGCUGGUCUGUGCAUUCAAGUCGACUGCAGGGCUGAAGAAGGUUUUUACCAGGUCAUCGGAUGAAGUACUUUUGUUUCCUCAACAGGUAGGGCUGAUAAGUAAGAAUAAUCCACUGCAAUCUUUAACUGAAGAGGAAAAUCUUAUGGUAGAAUAUGUGCAGUACAUAAAUGUGUUAAUUAUUUUGAAAGGUGUUAUCUUUAAAUUAAUUUCACAUCAGCAUAAAUGAAUGAAGUAAUUUGGUCUUUAAAAUAACACUUUCACAAAAGCAGAAAAUCCCAUUACAAAAUACUAUUAUUUUAAUACACUGGAUAUAAACUAGUACACCUGAAAUAAGAUGGGGAAUGUAUAAUAUUUUGAAUACAUUUGGAGUAUAUUAUCAAUGUUCUGAAAUAUUAUUCAUCAAUCAUAUGUUAUCAGUAUACAAAAAUAGCAAGUAAAAGUGGGUCUAUAUUAAAACACUGAAUUAUACUUAUACUAAAUAGUAUAGUAAAUAUAACUAUUUAGUGUACAAAGGUACAAUAUAAACGUUCCAAGUAAUACACUUCAAGUACACUGUGUUUUGGGCUUGGGAAAAUACACUGCAUGAUCAAAUAAAACCAAUAGUGACAAAAUCUAAUUAUAAUCUAUCAUUCAAUUCCCCAAUACAUGGGGAAAAAAUAUCAGAAUACAGUUUCCUUGUUUAGAAUUGAACCCCCAAUAAAAGCGUUUCAAGAAAAAGGCAGCCUGAAAAAAAUAAAAAGAGCCCUAAAGCGUUUCCCAUUCAUUCUCUAUGGUAGUCCUAAACCACUACGGAUGUAAUAUAUUUUCGGCCACACACUGAUUCAGUGGCGCUGUUUCGACAAAACGGCUGUUACAGCUAUACGCGACUGGCCCCCGC